CCAAUUUAAUGAAGUAGAUUAGGCGUUGGUAAAUUCUCCCACUUUCAAAAUAGUUAUGCUAGAAUGUAAAACAUAAUACUUUCCGAUCAGUGCUGUGACAGAGCGUCUAGAAGAGAUCACAAUUUCAGUCAGUUGAUAAUCUCUACUUCUAAAAAUGGCUAAAGAUAACUUGUCUGCUGUGUUAUACGGCAUUAAUGAUAUGAGACUGGAACAGAGACCAAUACCUAAACCAAAAGAAAAUGAGGUUCUCCUGAAAAUGGAAGUAGUGGGAAUUUGUGGAUCUGAUGUUCAUUACUUGACUAAGGGAAGAAUUGGUCCUUUUGUGGUCGAAAAACCGAUGAUUAUUGGUCACGAAGCAUCUGGACAAGUUGUUGAAGUGGGAAAGAACGUUGAAAAUUUGAAGCCAGGAGACAGAGUUGCAAUUGAACCAGGUGUACCAUGCAGAAUGUGCACAUACUGUAAAGAAGGAUCAUAUCACCUUUGUCCAAAGAUUUUCUUCUGUGCUACUCCACCAGAUGAUGGAAAUUUGUCUAGAUAUUAUUGUCACGCAGCAGAUUUUUGCCACAAAAUACCUGAUCACAUGUCAUUUGAAGAAGGUGCGCUGAUGGAACCUUUGUCAGUUGGAGUACAUGCUUGUAGAAGAGCUAAUGUCUGUGUUGGGUCCACUGUGUUGGUUCUUGGAGCAGGUCCUAUAGGCCUUGUUACCUUGUUGGCUGCCAAAGCAUUUGGAGCAUCAAAAGUUUUGAUAACAGAUUUGGUUGAUAUUCGCUUGAAAACGGCAAAGGAACUUGGCGCCGAUCAUGUUCUUAAAAUCGAAAGAAAUAUGACUGAAGAUGAUAUUGUCAAAGAAAUUAUCAAUAUUAUGGGAGAGGAACCAACUAUCAGUUUAGAUUGCACUGGAGUAGAAAUGUGUGUGAGAGUAGCCCUCAAGUCUACUAAAACUGGUGGAACAGCAGUUCUUGUAGGAAUGGGUAAAGACGAACAGACAGUUCCUUUGACUUCUGCUCUAAUCAGAGAAAUUGAUAUCAGAGGAGUAUUCAGAUACUGCAAUGAUUAUCCAUUGUCUAUCGAAAUGGUGAAGACUGGAAAAAUUAAUGUUAAACCUUUGAUCACACAUAAAUUCAAAAUGGAGGAUACUUGCAAAGCUUUCAAAACAGCAAUAAGUGGAGAAGGAAAUCCAAUCAAGAUUUUGAUAUAUCCCAACAAGACUGAUCUUUGAAUAAUGAAACAAUAUCAAUAAAGUGGUUUCUUCAUUCGCUUAA